AUGGCUGCAUUGUCUCGUUCGGCAAAGCCCAGAUCACUGAUCCGCACUAAUCGACCGAUCCAGCGUGAUCACUGUCUUGCCGACAACGUAAGCUGGAAACGUGUCAAGCGGGUCUUCGCAUCGCUACGUUGGGCGCACUUGGAGCACUGUCAGGGCUUACCAGUAUAUACGAGCAUACUGGCCAAUGCUCGAGCGGUGCAGUUAUGGAUACGCCAAUGGUAUAUCUCUUUGUUAGCAAGAAAAAAACUGCUUUGUUACGAGUCCAGCAAGGCGAGCCCCACGGUUCCAUGUCUGGAUUCAGGUAUAUCAAGGAAACCCAAUGAAUAA